AUAUAAAAUUCACAGAACAAGAAAACGUUACUUUAUUUUCAACUAAGCGGUCACGACGCAUGCAGAGGGAAGAACUAAACCACAUUUCACUUUCACAGCCUUGGGAAAUUAAGAUCAGAAGUAGGCUAGCUAACUAGCGCAUAUGCCUAAACUAACGCUCAUCAGAUUGUGUUUCUGGCUUUGUCUGGUGCGAACGGUGGUCUCCCGAGAUGAUCUUUAUCAUGAAGUGGGAGGGAAGCUCGUGUUGAAACCAGACAAGUCCACAGUGACUGACCCCAUCACAAGCAUCCUAUGGAAGCAUGGGAAGAACAAGGUGGCAGAGUGGGACAAGGAUUUUGGUGGUCUGGAUAUCUAUGCUGCCUUCAAAGAGCGUACAACCCUGGACCAGACUUCUGGAGAGCUGAGAAUCAGUGGAUUGAAGAAAACAGACAGUGGAGUUUAUUCUGUGGAGUUCAACAGCAAACUGCUUAACAAGACAUAUACAUUAUCUGUUAUCAAGGCAGUCCCCAAACCCACAAUCACUUCUUCCUGUAACCCAGACAAAACCUCCUGCACUCUGACCUGUGAGGUUGACACCACUGAUGCUGAACCAGUCACCUACAGCUGGAAAGAGGGAGAGGGGGCGUGGGAGGACUUAGACAAACAGCUUAAUAUCAAUAAGAGUGACACUGGCAAAUCAACCAAGUACAUCUGCAAAAUGAAAAACCCUGUUAGUGAAGAAGUCAGUGAUCCAAUUGGACAGGUGUUUGAUCCAGAGGCAGUCCCUAAACCCACAAUCACUUAUACCUGCAACACAGACAAAAUCUGCAUUCUGACCUGUGAGGGCGACACCACUGAUGCUGAACCCGUCACCUACAGCUGGAAAGUGGGGGAGGGGGCGUGGGAGGUCAUAGGAAAACAGCUGAUUGUCUCUAAGAGCGACACUGGCAAAUCAACCAACAGUUACAAGUACAUCUGCAAGCUGAAGAACUCUGUUAGUGGGGAAGUCAGUGAGCCAGUUGGAGAGGUGUUUGGUCCAGAGCCUUCUGAAGUCGGUGGUGGUGGGAUUGUUGGUGUUGUCGUCAUUAUCAUUGUAGCCAUUGUAGCGCUUGUUGCCAUUGUCAUAACAAUUUGGUUGGUGUGGAAGAAGAAAAAGGAAUAUCCCCAAGACACCUGGAUUGACUUUUUGAGAAAGUAUUGUGGUGGAAUGUGUGGGGUUCCGUUAACGCCCAACACCAAAACGGGGGAAGAUGGCGCAGACAAAGCUGGAAGGGGGCAGGGGAAUGAAGAUGCCACUCCAUUGAAGUAGAAAGACCACCAGUAAAGAAUCCAGUAUUUUAGGAUGCUGGCGGUCGGUCUUGCUUGUGGGGUAACUGAGGACCAGAAACAUGGGGUUUGAAGGCUCUCAGUACAUGACUCCUUAUGUUACAUUGAGACAAACGACCAA